UAAAUAAGUGACCUCUCAUUUCUAAUUCAUUUACUGUACAUAGAAUCUGUCAGUCUAUGUAAGAAAUAUUAGAAUUAAAAUUAAAUUUAGAAAUUAAAAUUAGUACAUCUGUAUUGUUUAGGUCUGUCAUAAAAAAUAGGUCGAGUAAAGAUGUGCCAAGAUUCUAUAGAACCAAGAUGACACAAAGGCUGAAUUAAUUUUAAGGUCAAGCUUAUUCAGGAUAUAAAAGUAUGAUGUUGUUUGAGAAUUUUUUCUUUGCCCAGGCUUGAGCAACAUAACCUAUAACAAGCAUGUAAUGUCUGAUAUAUUGGACUAGGGUCAAGCUCAAUUUGAGUCCUGUUUAUUAUUCAAAACACUUUACUUGAUUACGACCAUCCAAGCACAAACUUGGUUAUGAACAUUACUUUUGUUAUACAAAGAGGAUAUUGAACGAGUGUAAGUUUAGUACUGAAUUUAUUGAACGAGUUGAAUAAAAAUUUAUAAUACCAACCUCUGUAUAGCAUAAUAAUAUCUUAUUCAACAAGUUCAAUAUAUUCAGUAAUGACCUUACACAAAUUUGUUAUACUAUUUAACACUUUAAAUACCAAAAAUUGUUUUAAAUAAUUACUAUUAUUUUAAAGUGCAAAAGAACCAUUUACAUUGAUGCCCUGACAUUUAGCGCGACUCAACUCUAUGUUUGUAUAAUGCAAAUGAUGUCACAUAAAAAUAUAUGCAUGGCCCUGCAAUACCAUUUUACGGAGUCGCAAAGUCGGCACAGGAAUGUGUCAUGUGAUAAGGUAAUUUAUAAAAGAAAGAAUACUUUAUUACAUUUGAUUAUGAAAACUUCCACCUUUACCUUGCUGGAAAUCAAAUAAAUAUUAGUGACCUUGUUAUAAGAAAGGUGUGCACUCAACUGUAUCACACCUAGUAUUUAGUUUGACUUUGUAUUAUUUUCAGUUAUUGAUAACACUACAGUUCCUUGCUAAAGGAGAGUUUUAUAGUGAGGGAGGAUUGACACAUGGUGUGUCGAAAAGUUCAGUGUGCCGGUGCAUUUGGCAGGUGAUAGCUGCUUUAGACCAGAGACUAGACAAUAUCAAAUUCGCCAUGAGUCCUGAUGAACUUGCUUUAAUUAAGCAAAAAUUCUACAAAAUUGCACGCAUACCAAACUGUAUUGGUGCAAUUGACUGCACACUAAUUCCAAUCCUUUCUCCAAAAGAAAGAGAAGAUGUAUACGUGUGCAGAAAAGGCUACCAUGCCAUCAAUGUACAGGCUGUGGUUGAUACCAAUAUGAAAUUCACCAAUGUUGUAGCGAAAUGGCCUGGUUCGACACAUGAUAAUAUCAUAUUUGAAAACUGUGGGCUUAAACAGUGGAUAGAAAAUGGAAUCCCUGGCUGGUUGAUAGGAGAUUCAGGUUAUGCACUCAAAAGUUACAUGCUAACACCAAAGAUUAAUCCAUCUACCAGACAAGAGGUCUCAUUUAAUAAUGCACACAGCAGAACACGAAUGGUGGUUGAGAGAGCCUUUGGUAUAUUGAAAAGUCGUUUUCG